ACAAGCGGAGCUCCAGUUCAACAGCUCAAACCAAACCUAAGGAUCGCUCUCCUCUCACUGUGCGCGCUCGUGUUUGGUGUGUAGCCUCCAGACCGCUGCUUCUCUCUGCUGUCCCACACAUCGGAAAACAUCGCCCGGCUUGCAAGGAUGUUUUCACAUUAAUGCGCAGCGCACGUGGUUUAUAACCGCAAUAUCUAAAAUGUUGGGGUAACGAGAAGUCGCCCAAGGAGGAACGAGAAAUAUCCGUAAACCUUCAGUAGGUGGUACGCCCGCGCGAGGCUUUUAAGGAAGAACACGAAACGAUUCUAAAUUGUAUCUCGAGUGCAUUGCCUGAGAUAAAAACGCAGCGCUCGUCGUUGUCCAGCAAUUAUCUUACUCUCUCGCGUGUCUUCAGCCAAGAAGAGAGGAUUACCGAGCAACAUACAUGUCUCAACAUGCAAAUAUCCCUCUACUGUGAAAGUUUGUCGUCUUUUGCGAGGGGAGAAGCGGAGCUCGAGUGCACACACGGCAGACUCACGUUCAUCUAGCGCUGGAUUGUGCCUCGUGUGCGUCUUCAAAAUGAAGAGAAGGCAAAAGCGCGUUCUGCAGAUGGCAUUUCUGUUCAUGGUGGCUUUAAUUUUCCUGCCAAACGUCGGCCUUUGGUCAAUGUACAGAGAGAAGAGCCUUAUGAAGUCGCACGAGCCUGGAGAGCAGGGCUUCCCACUGGGCUUAAAUGACGGUCACAUUUAUACCUGGACAGACGGAUUGAGGAGAAGAGACUGGCAUGACUAUGAGAGCAUCAGGAAAGAUGGGCAACGUGUUGGAAAAGGAGAGCAUGGAAAGCCAUACCCGCUUGUUGAGGAUGAGUGUGAUGACUCUGUGUACAAAGAGAAUGGUUUCAACAUCUACGUCAGCAACAAUAUCGCUCUGGAUCGCUCGCUUCCUGACAUCCGACAUCCAAACUGUAAGCAGAAGCUUUAUCUUGAAAACCUCCCAAACACGAGUAUCAUCAUCCCGUUCCACAAUGAAGGCUGGUCCUCUCUGCUCAGAACCCUCCACAGCAUCAGCAACCGAACACCGGAUCACCUGAUCGCAGAGAUCAUACUGGUGGAUGACUACAGCGACAGAGAGCACCUGAAGGCACAUCUGGCGGAGUACAUGUCCAGAUUUCCUAAAGUCCGUAUUGUGCGCACUAAGAAGCGAGAGGGUCUAAUCCGCACACGACUUCUGGGAGCAUCUGUGGCCAGAGGAGAGGUCCUGACUUUUCUGGAUUCUCAUUGUGAAGCCAACAUCAACUGGCUGCCACCCUUGCUUGAUCAAAUCGCCCAAAAUCCCAAAACCAUUGUAUGCCCCAUGAUAGAUGUGAUUGAUCAUAAUCACUUUGGGUAUGAAGCGCAAGCUGGGGAUGCCAUGAGAGGAGCUUUUGACUGGGAGAUGUACUAUAAACGUAUUCCUAUCCCACCUGAGCUGCAAGGACCAGACCCCAGUGACCCAUAUCAGUCUCCUGUGAUGGCCGGAGGCUUGUUUGCUGUAAACCGACAGUGGUUCUGGGAGCUGGGAGGUUACGACACAGGCCUUGAGAUCUGGGGUGGCGAGCAGUUUGAAAUAUCCUUCAAGGUGUGGAUGUGCGGAGGCAGCAUGUACGAUGUGCCUUGUUCGAGGGUGGGCCAUAUCUACAGGAAGUACGUCCCCUACAAGGUGCCUUCAGGGACCAGCCUGGCAAGAAACCUGAAGCGAGUUGCAGAGACAUGGAUGGAUGAGUACACAGAGUACAUCUAUCAGCGGCGGCCCGAGUACCGCCACCUUUCCACCGGUGACCUUACCGCUCAGAAAGAGCUCCGAAAACACCUCAAAUGUAAAGACUUCAAAUGGUAUAUGAACACUGUGGCUUGGGACCUGCCCAAAUAUUACCCACCUGUGGAGCCACUGCCAGCUGCCUGGGGAGAGAUUCGUAACGCAGCAUCUGGCUUAUGCGUCGACUCUAAACAUGGCUCUACAGGCACUGAGCUCCGAUUGGACAAUUGUCUGAAAGAGGGCGCAGAGCGAACAUGGGCACAUGAGCAGAUUUUCACGUUUGGCUGGAGAGAGGACAUCAGGCCUGGAGAUCCACUGCACACCAGAAAAUUCUGCUUCGAUGCUAUUAGCCAGAACAGCCCUAUCACGCUCUAUGACUGCCAUGGCAUGAAAGGCAACCAGCACUGGAGCUACAGGAAGGAUAAGUCUUUGUACCACCUGGUGAGCAGCGGUUGCAUGGACUGCAGCCCGAACGAUAAGCGGAUUUUCAUGAACAAGUGUGAUCCCAAGUCUGAAACACAACAGUGGAUCUUCCAGAAAGUCAACGCCACCGUUCUGGACAAAUUCAACAGCGCCGCCAGCUCUUAGGACCUGGGGUUGUGGUCAAGCCAAUUACAAAGAAUAAUACUAAUCUGGCUUCCACACAUAAACACACCUCCCACAAUCCUUCACGUGGGCCGGGAUGUUCUUGGUUUCUGGUUCCUCUCGAGGUUCUACUGAAGACUGAGCAAAAAUGAGGGGACUGGAAACAACCGAGAGACUCAAGGCUGGUGGAAAACAUUUCCACAAUGAGCACCUUGCUGGUCGAGGAGAAUACAGACAGCCUGGACUCUCUCACGGGGGUCUAAAUUGGGCCCUAACCUUGGGAAGAAAAAAAAAACAGAGCAGCUUUAGGACUUCGGAAAUGGAGUCCAGUGAGAGACUGUUCUGUAGCAGAUUGCAUGGGGGAUUUGUACAAAAAGCAGAAACUGGAAAGAGUUUGCUCCUGGUUUUUAUUUUUAUUUAAUUUGUAUGGCUAUUUAUUUGAUUAUUGGGGUCGUUUAGACUGUAUAUUUAUUUGUAUUUAUUUGGUGCCUUUUCCAGAUUUUAGUUGUGUAUAUUGACUGGGUUUUAUUAUUAUCUCUUGUACCUGUUAGAGUCAGACUAGGGGUUGAGAUGGUGACCUUAAAUGAGGUAUUUGACUUUUUUUUCAAUGGAAUCUAUCUUGUUACAGACUUUCUCGUCUAUAAAUAAAGCAGAAAAUGAGUGGA